UCCCUGCUGGUCGGGCAGCUCCGCCGUAAACAGACGGUGUUCAAACACGGGUGGAUCCGACCAAACCCCAGACAGGCUCCAGAAAACACGAUGCACUGAGUGAGCAUCUUCACACUCUGAGUUCAACAGUCUUAAGGAGGGACUGAAACUUCUCCACUUUCUUCAAAGUGAGACAGCAAGGUCCUCUCCCGUUUCUACAAUGGCCACCCUCGAUGUCAGCGACAUCCACACCUUCAGCUCGGAGCUGCCAGCCAUGUUUGAUGGCGUGAAGCUGGCGGCAGUGGCUACCGUGCUCUACAUCAUCGUCCGCUGUCUGAACCUGAAGAGUCCCACGGCAUCGCCAGAGAUCAGCUACCAGGACACACCGCUCAGCCGCUACCUGCUCAAAGCCUGCCCGUUGCUGACCAAAGAAUACAUUCCUCCCUUGCUGUGGGGGAAGAGCGGUCAUCUCCAGACGGCCCUGUAUGGCAAGAUGGGACGUGUCAACACUCCAACGCCCUGCGGAGUCCGAAAGUUCCUCCCGAUGCAGGACGGGGCCACAGCGUCCUUUGACCUCUUUGAAGCACUAGGAGAACACAGCACAGGAGAUGACAUUACCAUGGUAAUCUGCCCUGGGAUCGGUAACCAUAGCGAGAAGAACUACAUUCGGACCUUUGUGGAUCACUCCCAGCGGCAGGGCUACCGCUGUGCUGUCCUCAACCACCUGGGGGCCCUGCCCGACAUGGAGCUCACCUCCCCUCGCAUGUUCACCUACGGUUGUACCUGGGAGUUUUCAGCCAUGGUGAGCUACAUCAAGCGAGCUUUCCCCGACACUAUGCUGGUGGUUGUGGGCUUCAGUCUGGGAGGAAACAUUGUAUGCAAGUUCCUGGGUGAGAACCGAUCCAACCAGGACAGGGUGCUGUGCUGUGUCAGCGUCUGCCAGGGAUACAGUGCCCUCAGGGCCCAGGAAACUUUCCUUCAGUGGGACCAGUGCCGGAGACUCUACAACUUUGUGUUGGCGGACAACAUGAAGAAGCUCAUUGUGUCACACAGGAGCAGUUUGCUCAGCUUGAACUCCAGCAACAUUGGUGACGCAGACUUCAGCAAACUGUACGCAGCCACGUCUCUGAUGCAGAUCGAUGACAGCAUCAUGAGGAAAUUCCACGGCUACGGCUCUUUGAAGGAGUACUACGAGAAGGAGAGCUGUGUGCACCACAUCCACAAAGUCGCUGUGCCUCUCCUCCUGGUAAACUCCGCCGAUGACCCGCUAAUACAUCAUUCACUACUGUCUAUUCCACGCACACUCUCAGAGAAGAUGCCCAACGUGAUAUUCGCCCUGACCCAACAUGGAGGCCACCUGGGCUUCUUCGAGGGAGACGUGCUCUUCCCUCAGCCCCUCACCUGGAUAGACAAGUUUAUAGUCCAGUACACGGACGCCAUCUGCCACUGGGAGAGGAACAGGCUGGACUGCCAGAGGAGCAGCCACCAGGGCACGAACUCUUGCCUGCAGAGCACAGGGGUAACGCUCAGCGGGUAACACCUCUCCACACACGUCUGGAGACAAAACAACAUAUCAAAAGCAGAAAUACACACAGGCUCAUACUUCUGUAUCUGCUUCUCUUCAGUACUUACGGCCUUACAGUUCAUUCUGAUAAAUAUAGGAAAUGUAAAAACCUAAAUUUAGAGUGGAAGUGGGGGCACAAAAUCGCAAAUUACAUAUUACAGAUAUAAUAAGACCUGAGCGCGUCAUAUCACACCAUAGUGAAUUGUUCCUUCCUCUUUUGUAACGAGUUCAAACUUCGCCCUCUGCUGGUUUUUUUGGCAGCUGUUGCUUCUCUAGUCUGGACAGCAGAGUGAUGCUGUUGUUAGGAAGACUUAAUGCUUAAAAUAGAGGAUAAUUAUGACCUUUUCCUGUAGAAAGAAGAGAAAAGUGAAAUGUCCCAACAUAAAUUACCACUGAAAGGUUUCCCAGAUACUCAGGUAUUCAUAAAUCAAACAUCUAGUCUUAAAGUGUGUCAUCAAGGCACCGAUAAAGGUUAAUAUAUUAAAGUAUAUAGUUUUUUUUUAAAAAUUCUUGCUCCCUAAAACACCAUAUUUACUCCGAGCAUAUGUAAGUGCCUUAAUAUAAACGUGAGUCUGCGAAAGAUUUGAGUUCUAGUUUCACUUGGAUCAUCGAGCUGCCUGACAUGAUUUCUGGUUUAUAGUCGGUAUUUUCAGCUUUUGUUCGGGGGUCAACGUAAAGUUUUAAUGGUACUUUCUGGUACUUGUAAGGGUACUCUUAUUUUGCAUAUUCUUUGACACGAUGUCGUCUGUUUCUACUAAGAAACAGAAAGAGAAUCGUGCUUUCUUAUUGCAGGAAAAAAACCCAACAAAUUUUAAAUAACCAGUUCGGUUCGUGGAUGUACGGUUGAGCGUCUUUAGAUUUUUCUUUGCAUUUCCAUUGCGUUUAGUGGACCAUCAGCCUGCGUUGUUGCUGCUGACCUUUUUGAAAUAAAGGAAUCAGGUUGUCAGGCUUUUAAAGAGGUUUAAGAAUAACAAAAGAAAAAGUGAUAGUUUUUUAUUUAAUGUUUUUGUUUUUCUGGCAGUUCUUUUCUGUGUUGUUGAAUGGAAAUAUGCGGGCUUUAUACAUACUAGCUUUAACAUUGUACUGCUUUUGGUCAACUUGUCCCAUUCCAUGAAUUUCUCCACAGACCCUUAAAUCCAGCAGGUAACAGCAGUUAUUACUGUGAUGCCUCCUGCUAUAGGAUGAGGAUGGUCAGGUGGUUUAAUUCCCUAAACGCUGUUGUGGACUCUGAUUAUUAGCUCAGUUUAGAAGUCUACAAUCCAGGGCAGGAGAUACUGGAAAACUUAACUGAACUUAAAAGGGUUGUUCAGGACACAUUAGGGUCAAAAAUGUUUGCAAACAGGAGAGAGGAAAGUGCAACUAGGACACAAACAGGAAAUGUUUAAAAUGAGAAAUCCAAUUUUGGACUUUCGUUUUAUGCACUGACUGGUCUUUGUGGUGUAUUAUUUUACGAAGUUACUCAAAAAGUGGAAAGUGGACUUUAAUGAUCGAUCUGCUGCAUUCUGGCCGACGCUUCAUUCCUUAAAAAAGGCUCAUGGCUUUGGCUCAAAUACGUUAGAGGUCUCAUAUUAGUUAACACUUUGAACAAGGACUUACUGACGAGUUUCAUAAGUGUCUGAGGUUUUUUGGGGGUUUAUUUUAAGCUGCUUACAGUUACUUGCCUAAUAGGUGGGGUUGCCUAUUUAAGACAAUAAAUACAGUGAGGAGAAUUCAGACAGUGAAACAUUUCCUACAUAGAAAAACACAAAAAGUAAAUGAAGACUACCACAUGAAGCUUACCCCUGUUGUGUCUCAUGGUAUAUUUCAGUUAUAAAAGUACUCAUAAAGGUUGAAACAUCAACGAAAAAUAAAAGAACACAACUGAGGUGAAUCUUGUGUGCAGAAAGGUUUUGUUUUCUGUAAGUGUUUGUUUAGCAGUUUGGACCUUUCUCACUGCAAUAUUGAAUAUUACCUGUGGUGUUCAUGUAAAUGCAGUGGACUCUCCACCCAACUUCACCUAGCUUAAAAUGAACUCUAUAAGGUUAUUUACAACUAUUUGAUUCACCUCUGUUCAGUAUCUUUUACAUGCAUGUCUUAUUUCAUCAAAACAAAAGAUGUAAUAGUACUUAAAGGACCAGCGUGUAGGAUUUAGUGGCAUCUAGUGGUGAGGUCGCAGUUUGCAACCAACUGAAUACCCCUCACCUCUUUCAAGCAUGUAGAAGAACGUACGGUGGCCAUGAAGGCUGCAAAAAACAUGAAAGACCCUCUCUAGAGCCAGUGUUUGUCUGUUCUGGGCUACUGUAGAAACAUGGCGGGCUCCAUGGAAGAGAACCUGCUCCCUAUGUAGAUGUAAAGGGCUCGUUCUAAGGUACCAAAAACACAACCAUUCUUAGUUUCAGGUGAUUAUGCACUAAUUAAAAAACACUUAUGAAUAUUAUAUUCCGUUACUGCAAAUAGAUCCCCCUAAACUUUACACACUGGUCCUUUUAAAUUGUCAAUCUUCCUGUUAAAAGCCCAGUGCAGCCUGCCGCUGCUUGUGCAAUAUGUCCUAACGGUUACGAAAUGGACCGUUUUGCCUGCACUUUACUGUCUUUACAGUUGCAAUUGUACUGUACGGCACUAUAAUGUGUAUUUGCAUAUGAGUGUGAGAUUUAUAAUCUAAUCCUAGUGUGUUUUGCUUUGAUGUGUUACACAGUCAUCUUAUUUUAACUCACACAAUAAUAAAUAUUUUUCACAUACAUGCAACUUA